CUUCACCAAUCUCUUAUAAAGUCGGGGUUUAGGUCUCCAGGCAUCAGGGAUCCCACAGGCCUCGGGGGCGCGCAUCCAGCUGCGCUCGUUCACGAGCCUGCAGACACCUGACCGCUGCAGGGGGACACGGCCGGCCGAGACAACCAGCCUCCCCUGCGGACGCUCCUGUCGGCUUACUCCUCUGCGUCUCCUCCGAGCGGGAUGGCGGAUGUUGAGGUGUUCGUACCCGAGGAUCAGGCCGUGGACGGCGGCCUGCUGCCGGACUACCGGCGGCUGACUCGGCUGUACUGCAUGAAUGGCGGACAUCACCUCCAGAUCCUGGCCGAUGGGAGCGUGCAGGGCCAGAGGGAUGAUGGGGAGGCUCACACUGUUUUAAAGCUGAAAGCCGUGGACAGAGGCGUUGUGGUCAUCGAGGGAACAGAGGCCGGCCGAUAUUUGGCCAUGAGUGACGAGGGGCGACUGUACGGCUCACCCACCUUGACGGACGAAUGUUUCUUCCUGGAGAAGCUGGAGGAGAACCACUACAACACCUAUCUGUCUCAGAAGCACCAGGACAAGAGCUGGUACGUGGCUCUGAAAAAGAACGGGAAACCCAAACUGGGUCCGAGGACUCACAUUGGACAGAAGGCCAUCUUCUUUCUGCCCCGACAGCUGCUCGAGUCCGGCCAGUGAGGACGAGUUGUCUCGACACACACACAGUCAUACCUCAACCUGAACCGGUGUGAAGCUGCUCCAGGAGGGAUUUGUUUCUGUUGAAAUACACACCAGCUUAGUUUAGGUGGGUGGGGCAUCAGUCAAGAUCAAAUGUGUGUCAGCUGUUUUCUUUCUUUCAGGAUUAACACUUAACAUCUGCAUGAAGGAGGAGACAAUAUGUCACCAUGAAAUAAGCCCUCCAUAUAAUGGAAUAAGCAACAUACCGUAUUUGAUAAGAUAUGGUCCCAGGGCCCCGAAUCUGACAGGAAUUUAGCCUUUAAAUGUUUUAUUACACAAAGUGCAUGAAACCCAUGAUCCCAGUAGUCACACAUUCUUUCAUGGAUGGAGUUACAGGGAUUAAUGAUUCCCCUUAAAUGAUUUCCACCAUAGAACCACCUCAAGGAGCCCCACAGAUAUACUAUAAUUAUACCCUAACACCCCAGUAUAGUGCUGGUAAAACUCUAGUUAUCUAAAUUGGUUCCAGAUGUCAGUGUGUGAAGUUUGACCGAAGGCAGGAAGAAGUAAUUUUUCUAAUGUGGGUCUGAAAAAGAUAAGAUGCUGGAACAGCUUAAGAGGGUCAUCGUGACCUACAGUAGGAAAAAUGUUAAAACUGUCACUUUCUCAUGAACUAAAAUCACUUACUGACAGAAGUAACUCACUGACUCAGAUUCCCCCCUUUUCCUAGUGGAUGUAAUGUUGCGUCAAGUCCCUUCUACAUAAAGUUUUCUGCAGUCUAUGCUCUGCUUAUUUACUGCUCUGCAUAUGUCGACGUUGUCACAAGCCGAAGAGUUUCCAGCAGUUUCACUUUGUUGCCACCCGGCGCCGUCGAUGUGUGAAAUUGCACAGCGCACCAUUAAACAUACUGUACGUUAAGGGGCUGUGGCCUGGGAUGGAUCCAGACACAAGCCAAUGACCUUCGUACCACGUGAGGGAAAAGUACACGUGGUUUUGCCUCCCUGUAUAUCAGAAGAAAGAGUAUGCAAAUAUAAUAAUAAAACACUAAUUAUACUUAAUUUUCUAUAUAUCAAAAUAUAAGUCAAGACAAUAACAUGCAUAUAAAUAAAAUGUAUAAUAUAGGGCUAUACUUUUCUUAUAAAUAUAUGACUAACCAAUUGUGAAUAAAUACCAAAAUAUAUAUAGGUUAACUAAAAACACGUACCUGAUUACAUUAAUGAGCAUCCUACUACUGUUACUAAUACAACUACUACCACCACUACCACUACUACUAAUAAUAAUAAUAAUAAAAAUGUGGCAGGUUAUUUUGUUCACCAAAUGUAAAAAUGUGCUUGUGGUAGAGACUGACAUAUAGAAAAUAAACAAACACACAUAAAACAUGUCUGCCUUGUGUAAUCUAUCCAUUUAAUCCAGCCUUGGCCAUGGCUCUGAUGCCAUCUUGAGCAACACAGAAAUCCAUAACAUUAACAUGUAAAUAGUGUAAUUGUGCAAUGUGAUGACAUUGUAUUUCAACAGAGCAUAUAUGCGCACCAAGCCUUUGUGGCAGCAGAGGCAAUAAUCACAAAGACUCAGAAAUGACGCAUUAAAAGUGACAUUUAUUUAACACUAAACGUUUUCUGUACAGUUCCAUAUCAACAAAACCCCGAAGGUUGCAGCUCUACAUCACAUAGAAACAAGCAGAAUGGGCAAAAGUAUGAAGUUAACUGAUGACGCCAACUGUUCAGUUUGCUGGACCAAACAGAAGUCCAUCUUUCCAUCGAAAACUGUGGCUGCUUCUAAAAAAAAA